AUGGGCACGGCACGUUCAAUACACAAUGAUUUCCCGCUGUUAACCUUGGAGUGGAUUGGACUGUGUUCAGGCAUCGCAGCCACAUUAAGUGAUGAAUCAAUUUCUUUUUUUUCUCUACAUCUUUGCUCUAUUAUUGUGUCUGCCUCAUGCAGUCACUCUUUCAUGCAUUUUUAUUUUGGUAUAAGGUUUGGUGGGCUGUGGGUGUUUGAGUGUGCCCCUCUGUUGUGUGUUCCUUUGUGUGUUUGGGUUGCCACUCACACGGCCCCACGUAAUGAAAGCACGUUUCUCUGUUCUCAUCUUCUCUCUCGGUGUUGCCACUCACAGCAUUGCCACGAACGUAUUUCUGCUCUUGUGGUGUGUGUUGUUUGUUGUGUUUUUUGCUUGAGUGAUUGCAGCCUGCGGGGAGAUGGACUGAGACUAUUCCGCUUCGGCUUCACGUAA